AUGGCUUGUUGGGCUGCCGUGUUCUUCCACCAGGAGGAGAGCAUGAGCUUAUUAGCGAAAGAUCACAUCACUGGGCUCAUCUGUAAGAACACAGAUCAGGAGAAUAAGUUCUGCCGGGACUACAAAGUGCGUUUCGUCUGCCCCUCUACAUACUGCGCUGAUCAGCAAACUACAUGCUGGACACGGUGGUUUGACCGUGACGAUCCCUCUGCUACCGGGGACUGGGAGACACUGAAGGAACUGCGGGAAGAACACCCUGGUCAGAUCUGUGCCAAUCCCAUCGCCAUCGAGAGCAGGACUGUGGACACAGACGCUCCUGCAACCAUGACUGGUCAAGACUUCCUACACUACUCUCCGACAAUUGGGUUUGUUUGCAAGAACGGGCCCAACCAAAGCUGCCAGGAUUACAAAGUCCGUUUUGGGUGUCCUUGUUCGCCAGGCAUUGACAUGUAA